AUGCCAGCUGUCAGGCUCGCCGCAUCUCACGGCGGUUCUAAGGCUAGUUCUUCGGAUCUAGUUACACGACCGCUGCAGCGCCCGCUUCGGAGCUUGAAGUUCCCCGCGAUUCUCGCUUCCGUCUCCGCCUCUCACGCGGCGCCUCCGGGCCUCGGCCUCGCGCCGAGGUUCGGUCCGAGCCUGCUGCCGAGCCAGCCGGAUACGGACGAUAUUUUCCCGUUACCGUCAAGCCCGGAGGAGCUUCAGCGCGCUGUGAUUGGCUGGCUGGAAGAGAAGGCGUCGCGCGUGCGUAACUUGUGCAACGGGCAGCUUAGCUUGCGGACGACCACCCCGGAAGCCGGCGGACCGGCGCAGGUCACUACGCGCGCGGGCGCGGGCCCGCUUGCGCUUGAGGCGCAACUUAUCGGCGCAGUAUCGUCCGCCCAUGCGCAUCUCAACCGCGCGCAGAUGUCGGCGCAGCGGAAACUUCAAGCCGCUGUGAAUUCGGCGGGGGAUGGCGCAAACAGCGCGCUAGUGGCACUUACACGCGGACUCGAUGGCGCAGUGACAACGGCGCGCGGGAAAUUGGCGCAAACAGCAGGGAUUGGCGCGGGGAUUGGCGCGGGGAUUGGCGCGGGAUUUGGCGCGCCCUUGCUCAGUUCGGUGGCUGGCUAUAAGGUUUGCCAACUCCACACAUCCCUCGCUCUCCCCCUACCAGGCAACCGCCGCCUCUCCUUACUCACAGACGCACAGAAGCAUGAAGCAUGGGAGAGGCAGCACGAGCGGGCGGCGGACCUGCUCCACUCCCUCUGCACUGAAAUGCGCGGGUUCUUCCUUAAAGCGGGGCAGUUCUUAGCGAAGCCUGACGUGUCGCCUCCCGCGUGGGUGGCGAAGCUGGCCUCGCUGCACGAUGCUGCUCCUGCUGACCCGUUCCCGGUGGUGUGUGCGACGAUAGAGGGGGAGAUGGAGGCAUUGACUGGGAGGAAGGGGGUGCGGUGGACUGAGGUGUUUGCAAGGAUUGAUGAAGAGCCUCUGGGUUCAGCCUCUAUUGCUCAGGUGCACAGGGCGUGGCUACACGACGGCAGGAAGGUGGCACUGAAGGUGCAGCACAGGGGGGCGCAGCCUCUCAUGCUCACAGACCUCGCCAACCUCAAGGCGUUCGGGGGGUUCCUUCAAAAGACAGAGCUGAAGAACCUGGACAUUGUGUCGGCUCUGGUGGAGCUGGAGAAACAGGUGCGGCUGGAGUUUGACUUCCGAAUCGAAGCAGAGGCAAUGGAGCGGGUUCACCUGGCGCUCAGAGACAGUGGGAAGGGUGGAGAGAUGGUGAGAAGAAAAUCAACGGCAGCAGCAGGAGGAGCAGGAGGAGCAGAAGACGGAGCAGUCAAGAGCAGAGGUGGUGCUAAGCAGAGGAGGAGAGGUUCGAAACAGCAGCAAUCGGAACGCAGCAGUCACGUCAACUCUUCCUUUUCACCAUUCACCUCCUCCUCUUCCACCUUCUCCUCUUCCUCCUCGCCAGUCGUGGUGCCUCGCCCCGUUUCUGGCCUCGUGAGCCGACAGCUGCUGGUGAUGGACUUGAUCGACGGGUCGCCGCUGCUCAGAGUAGCAGAGCAGAUGGGAAGCAAGGCAGAUGGAUUCUUUGCCAGAAGGAUGAAACGGUCAAUAUUCCAUUCCCUCGGGGAGGCAUACGGCCUCAUGAUCCUCCGCGAUGGCUUUUUCCAAGCUGACCCGCACCCCGGAAACAUUCUCAUCUGCCCGGACCGAAAGGUCGCUCUCCUCGACUACGGGCAGACAAAACUGAUCUCCCAGCAGCACCGGCUGCAGCUCGCCGAGCUGAUCCUGGCCAUCGGUGACGGCGACGCGAGGAAGAUCGGACGGCUGUACAACGAGAUGGGGUUCGAGCUGAGUAUGACAGCCGAGGAGAAUCCAGAGAGUUUCAAGUGGAUGGCGACUCUAAUGUUCGACACGCGGUCGGCGAAAGGCGCCACCACAUCGAACCCAUUUUCGGAGGAGCAUGCGGCGCAGAACAACGGCGUGAGGAAAUUUCCUGAGGAUUUGUUUUUUGUGGUGCGGUCGGUGCAGCUGCUGAGGGGGAUCUGCAUGGGCAUGGGUUUGAAUGAGUCGCUUGCGGAGCAGUGGCGGCCGAUUGCACGACAGGCGAUUCGCGAGGCGCAGAGGCAGCAGCAGCAGCGGUGA